UACUCCCAGAAUGCUCAGGGUGAGCGCCGGAGCGUGCGCAGGCGCGGCCGUGGCUUUGUGAAGCGGGGGUUAGGCCGCGCGCGUGAAGGGGGAAAAAAAGGCGGCCGAGGCCUGAGGCGAAGGUGGCCGCCGCCUCCUCCUCUCCUUUUCCCCCUUCCCCCCCCACCCUCUUCGGGAAGAGCGGCGCUGAGGCCUGCCUGACGGGAAGGCCUAAUCCCAACCGGGGCCUCCUUGGAACGAUCCGGGGCAACGGCUGGGCCCCGCCGGGCGCUCCGCUAUUAUGCGCCACAGCCUAGCCCAGCUCUUAGCGGCCUCGUCCGGGCGGGGAAAACCCGGAGAGGCGGUCGCGGCCUGCUCCUUUCCGGGCCCGGGGGCCGAGCGGCGACCUGAGGAGACGACGGAAACAGCGGCGGCGGCGGCGGCGGCGGCGAUGACCGAAGAUUCCCUGGAGGACCCGGACGAUGACGACCUGCUCUUCCCCGCGGACCUGGAACUGGACGCCUGGCUGGAGGCGGCGGUGGGCGGCGGCGAGGCUUCCCCUCCAUCGGCCUGGGACGGGACGAGUCCUCCGGCCGAGGCGGCGGAGCCUUCGAGCUCUUCCAGGCCGGCGCGCCCUUGCAGCAACCGCCUGAAAGCGGCGGCAGCGGCUCGCCUGAAUCGCCAGAAGAAGAAGCUGUACGUGCAGGGCCUGGAGACGCGGCUGCAAGGCUUGGCGGCCGAGAACCGGCAGCUGCGGGACCGCAACCGGGGCCUCUGCCGCCGCCUGCGCGACCUGGAGCGGGAGACGGGCUACCUGAGGGCCGUGCUGGCCAACCAGAGCGCUUUGGGCCGCCUGCUCGGACGCUUGGCCGGCGACGGCAGCCUGGGCCUCCGCAUGAGGAUCAGCAGCAGCCUCUUCCAAGAGACGGCGGCCGGAGCCUUCGGCGAGAACGGCGACCACGACUACGCGCUGCCCAUCCCGGAGGAAGAACCGGCGGAGAAGCUCUCCUCGUCCUCCCGCAGCCCCGGCGGCGUUUGCCUCCAUGUGGACCGCGACCACCUUUCGGUGGAGUUUUGCUCUCUGUGCGCCAAGCGGGCGGCCAGCUCGGAGACUUUGGCGGCCGCUUCUUCUUCUUCUCUUCCUCCUCUUCCUCCUUCUGCUGCUGCUUCCUCCUUGCUCUCCAAAAUUUUCUCUUUUAGGUGCUUGCCCUGCCAGGCUCCGUUGUGUAGGGGUUAAAAGAACAGUCGUUUACCACCUCGCAACCUGGUAAGGAUCCAUAAUAUUCCCGUAAUGUGGUAUCGGACAGUUUGCAUUGGUACUUAGCCUGUUUUUUUUUUUAAAUUUGGUCUGGUCCAGGAGUUAGCCAUAGGUCUGGAGGCAGUUCCAAAAAUGAGUUAAUUUUGAUUAAUCAAGUUUCAGGUAAUGCUAUUCAUGUUAGCACUACUUUUCCCUGUCAUUCUAAAUUUUUAACAUGUUCCUGACAAGACGCGUAGAAAUUAUUUUAAUGUAAUAUUUUAAAAUAAUAGGUUAAGAUUUUUUGGGGGGAGGGGGAAAUGCUGCUAAAUGUACUUUAGCGAUAUGUUGCGCGGAGAAAGGGGAAUCAAAACCUUUUUUGUUUUUUUUUACUGAGACAAUGUGAGUAUAUCUUUAAAGAAAUAAAAUAUACCUCAACAUUUACUUUAGAACUUGGUCUUUUCUAGUGGAGUAAACUACUGAGUUUUGCAAGUUUUGACAAUGUUUAGUUAAGAAGCAAUUGCUGUAAACUUUCCCAGUUAAUAAGAGAUGGAUUAUUUGUCCAUAUACUUGGCUGUUCAGUUACUAUAAUAAUGUGGCCUUAUCUGCAAGGAAGCAAAUAAGCCCACAGAUUGUUUUAGUAAUAUCAGUGUUCUAUCACUACAUUGCUGCAUGCAUUUUGAAGACUACCUAGAAAUAUUUUAGUCUAAUGAAUUUUGUUUAGUUUUGUCUCAUGCAGGUCUCUUAAAGUGGGACCUGCAUUUUGCUAAAUUGUACUAAAAUGAAAGUGGCAUGCCAGUUUGAAAGUUUUCAAAAAGUAAAAAGUAAAUGAACAAAUAUAUAUAUUCUCCCCCACACAUUUAUGCAAUUGUUCCUGUCUAGGAUGGAGGAAGAUUUUCUGCUGACAAGCUCAUGCUGGCUUGGGGGCUAGCACAUACGUUUUCCCUGCAUCAACUGUCUGUUGUGUUUAAGUGCUUCAUAUUUAAAUUUCUGUAAAAUGGGGAAAUAAGGGUUGUGAAAUAAUGUAAAGUGAGGUUUCACAAAGAAUAUUAAACCUGGAAAAAUCAGUUGCCUCUGCAAAGGAGGCUUCCUAUUGUCUUGUCUUGAAUUAGAAACAUGUGACUAUUUCUCCUAUGAAUGAAAUGCAAAAUUCUCAAAAUCUGUUGCAACCUGUAUGUUUUCAACCACAAGAUUUUCUUUGUGAAACCUUGCUGUUUAAUGAAGUAUGUGUAUAUUUAGCAUCCUUGUUUUUCUUUAUGCUGAAGUGGAUACAGCUGUCAUGGGCAGAAGAGACGGGACCAGCUGCUGGCCACCCUUCCUGCUUUAUUUUAAAAGGUAGUAUGAGAAAAAGGGAGCAAGGUAACAGGGCACUGGCUGUAUUUCACUUUGAAAACAACACUGAACAGGGUAAUGUUGAUGUUUUGAGCAACUAAUCCAAUCUAGCAAGAAAUUAAAUAUACUGAUGUGAAAAGUGGCAUCGUUAAAAAAAAGCAUUUGCUUUCUCGCUGGUUAUUUCCUGUUUUCGUAAUCUGAAAUUGACUAAAUUGUUCAAACUUUUAUUCAUGUAUCAGAUGAUUGAUAACACCUUAAAUUUCCCAAGCUAGAAUUAGGAUUGCUGAGAAGACUAUUUUAAUUCUCUUUUAAUUGAUAUAUGGUAGCUGUUUUCCCUUCUACUGUCACAUCUGCUAUAUGAAUGUACAUAUUCCCAUCUCUAAAUCAGUAGGAGCAUCUACAAGGAGACUGGCAAGUCUUUUCUUAUGGCAGCUGCAGCACUGCAAAGAACUAAUUCCUUUGCCAGCUCAUUUCUUGAUAUUGUCCCAUACUUAGUAAGUGGCUAUUUUUUAGAAGUCUUCUAAAUGUAGUCAUCCUGGCCAAAUCGUAAACUGAAAUAUGAAAAUAUAGACACAUUUCUCAGUUUUUAAUCAUGCUUCAGUAUCUUUGAAUGGCAGCAAUUUAUUGUCCAUAAUUCAUUUAUUUAUUCUCUUGGGACUUGAUAGAAUUUAGUGGUUCCUUUUCUCUAUUGCUGAUAGCAUUCGGCCCACAGAAAAAAAUUGUGACACAGUCUAUGGUUGUAUUUCAAGAAGCAAAUGCCUUUUUAAAUUGCUUUUCACAGAAGUCAUUUUGUUAAUGUUGCAUUAUUGUGAAAUGGAAUCUCUUUUCUUUUGUAUGAUUUAAAGUGUUGUGAGAUUAAAAAUACAUAUAUAUAUAUAUAUUCUGGGUAUUUAACCAUGUGUGUCGUCGAAAAAUAAAACUGUUGCCUUGAAUACCAUCCUCCGCAUAGAAAGUGAGUGACACAUUUGCUUAGGCAAAAGCCCAGAAGUGAAGAAGACCUGCAGGGAUUUUAGUGCCUACUAAAACAUAUUCAAGCCAAAUAGACUUGCAAAUAUUUUGUCCCUUGUUAACCAGUUUGAUUGAAUAUUUCUUGAAAUUAAAGCUUGAAUGGAAUAUCCUAAUAAGUACUUCAAAAUUAUGUCAGUGUUUCUGUGUAAGUAAUUCAGGCAUACUUAUGAGUACAUCUAUUCAAAUUAAAAAUGUUUACCUUUCA